AUGUUUGCCCGAGAUGACCCAAUCGGGCCAAGUGCGUGGGGUGAUGUAAUCCGGCAAGAUAAUCUGGGCUCUGUACUUCUCAAUUACAUGUUCCGUUCCAUAUUCAAUCGUCGUCUUCCUGCCCAUCUCGCUAUCCGCCGUUAUACUAAAUCAGCAACAAUGUCAUUGAGGGCAAUCUCGGCCAAGGAUGCUGCUUUGCUGGACAAAGAUCUCAUGGAAACCGGCGGUUGGUCUCUAGAUCAACUAAUGGAGCUUGCGGGUCUCUCUGUCGCGCAAGCCGUGUGGAAAAUCCAAUCCCCAAGUGCAGGGACGAAUGUUCUAGUUAUCUGCGGACCGGGCAACAACGAUGGCCUAGUAGCCGCUCGCCACUUAUCUCACUUUGGCUACAAGCCAUCAGUGUGUUACCCCAAAGAGGGCAAAAAUGAGCUGUAUCAACGCCUGAAAACCCAACUUCAAAACCUCUCAAUCCCAUUCAUUCCUACCGAGGAGUUCCCAAAAGCCUUGAAAGAAAGCGACCUGCUCGUUGAUGCGAUCUUCGGCUUCUCCUUUGGCGGUCCGCUACGCGAACCUUUUCCUAGCAUUGUCUCGCAGAUUGAAUCUGCCGCAGUUCCUGUGUUGAGCGUGGACGCACCAAGCUCAUGGGAUAUUCAGGGUGGGCCACCGAAGGAAGGACCGGGUGCAAAGUUCAUGCCUAGUGCACUCAUCAGUCUGUCGGCACCAAAGCCAUGUGUUGCCUUCUACAAGGGCAGACACUUUAUUGGGGGCAGGUUCUUGACCAAGGCGCUGACUGAUAAAUACGGACUUGACUUGCCUCAGUAUCAGGGCGUUGAUCAGGUUUUGGAAAUUGGGGUUGAUGCCGAGGGCAAGUUGUGA